AUGUUUAAGACACGUGUUUUGGAUAUGCCUGCUGUAAUUUUUGAUAAUGGUUCAGGAAUGUGUAAAGCAGGCUUUUCAGGAGAAAUUGGGCCUCGUAAUAUCAUCAGCUCUGUUGUGGGGCAUCCUAAAUUCGACAUACCUUCAGUAAGAGCCAAUCACAAGACGUACUUUGUAGGAGAAGAAGCCCAGCACAGGUAUGAUAGUUUAUAUUUACAUUACCCCAUUGAACGUGGUUUAGUAACAACUUGGGAUGAUAUGGAGAAACUCUGGAACCAUCUAUUUGAGUGGGAGCUAGGAGUCAAACCCAAUGAACAACCAGUGCUCAUUAUUGAACCAUCCUUGAAUCCAAGAGACACCAGAGAGAAGAUUGCAGAAAUCAUGUUUGAGAAAUUCCAUGUUCCUGCAUUGUACCUGUUUAAUCAUGCAGUAGGGGCACUUUAUGCCUCUGCUUGUGUCACAGGCCUGGUAGUGGAGAGUGGAGAUGGGGUCACUUGCACUGUCCCUGUCUUUGAAGGCCACUUCCUGCCUCAUGCUGUCUCCAGGCUCUACAUGGCAGGGAGGGAUAUAACUGAGCACCUCAUUCGUCUCCUUCUUGCUGGAGGAUAUACCUUCCCCUGUAUAUUCAACAAGGCCUUGGUGGAGGAAUUGAAAGAGAAAGUGUGUUUUGUUAGCGUGGAGCCUGAGAAAGAAACACACAAGAGAUGGUCAGAAGUUCUGGGACACUACACACUGCCAGAUGGGAAUGUCAUCCACAUUGGGGACCGUCUCUGCCGCUUGCCUGAGGUUCUUUUUACACCUGACCAACUAGGCAUCCAUGAUCCAGGACUCUCGAAAAUGGUCUGUAACAGCAUUCAGAAAUGUGACAUUGACAUCCAAAAGAACCUCUUUGCUGAGAUUGUGCUCUCAGGAGGUAAUACUCUAUUCCCUGGCCUGGAAGAAAGGCUCAUGAUGGAACUGGAAUUGCUGGCUUCCCAAGGGACCCCCAUUAAGAUCACAGCUUCUCCUGACAGAUGUUUCUCUGCAUGGAUUGGUGCAUCUGUCGUGACAUGUAUGAGCAAUUUCAAGAAGAUGUGGGUCACUUCUUCAGAUUUUAAUGAGUUUGGGAAGUCUGUUGUUCAGAGAAAAUGCUUUUGA